AUGAAAAACGUGUCUGCACGAAAUGAAGAAAAUUUUGUCUACCAAGAUGGCAGUGAUGACAUAACCAGGAAGGAAGAAGGUGGCGAAGAGCUAGAAGGAGAAAAUGGAUCUCCUAAGAAGUCAGAUGAACCAAAACUACUAGACUUAUUGCCCGAGUCAGCGGAUAAUAUUACGAGCAAGAAGGAACAAGUGAGGGAAGAAGUAGACGAUCCGGGAAAUGAGGAUAACAAGGAAGCCGAGGUGAAAGAAGCAUUACCGAAGGAUUCUAAUGGACAGGAAGAAGACGUAAACUUGGAGAUGGACGAUGGAGGAGAAGUGGAAGAAGCGCAAAAUGACGCAGCGUCCAAUCAACCAAAACGUGGCAACCGUGAAAAGAGAAACGUCAUCGAUGCUGUGGAUGAUACUAAAACAGAAAAGAAGUUUGGACAUGAAUUCAAUUCUUACAAUGACAUUAAGAACGUAACAGAAAAGCUGGUAAAAUCGAUGACAUCGUUAGUUUCAGAAGACCCCUCGGUUAGCGACUCCAUAAAGGAGUUCCUUUCCCAUAUGAAUCACCUAUUUCUCAGUUGGUAA